CACUUUUGAAGGUCAUUAGCUACCCUUUUGGCUUCUCCAAGUGACAAAGAAAAAUGGAUUCCUUCUCUGUAAACCAAAAGAAAACACUCCAUAUUCGCUCAAACAGCUUGCCCUCAAAGCCACAUCCAAUUGCUACUCAAGUUGAUGAACAUUUGUGCAGAUUGAAGUCCUCUGAAGCCACUUCUUCUUUAAGCCACAGACUCAGCAGCCUCCAAGAUCUGCACGGUUGCAUUGAUGAGCUACUUCUUCUACCAUUCACCCAAAAAACUCUUGUCCGUGAGAGAGAGAACAAAGGGGUUGAUAGCUUGCUUGAAGAGUCUUUGAAGGUCUUAGACUUGUGUGAUAUUGCUAAAGAUGCAUUGUUGCAGACAAAAGAAUGCGUACGUGAACUCGAAUCAGUUUUACGUCGAAGAAGAGGCGAAUCGGUUAUCGCUAACGAGCUUAAAAAAUGCUCGAGUUCUAGGAAGUUGAUAAAGAAAACAAUUCACAAGGCAUUGAAGGGAAUCAAAAGGAAGUGUUCUAAGCAAUGUGAGGAAAAUUCAGCAACAGUUAGCUUGUUAAAUGAAGUAGAAGCAGUGACAUACAGUACUGUUGAAUCAGUAUUGUUCUUCAUUGCAGGACAAAAGUUGAUAUCAAAGUUGAGUCCUUGGUCUUUGGUUUCCAAGCUUGUACAACCCAAAAGAGUUGCUUGCAAAGAUGAAGAUGAGGUAGACAUGUUGGAUGCCAUACUAUAUGCAAUUGCUAGCCACACGACUGAUAAAUCGUUCAACUUGCACGACCCGUUGAGGAAAUUUGAGUCGUGUAUUCAAGAACUUGAAGAUGAUCUUGAGAGUCUACAGAAGCAUCUAAUAAGAAAUAGAGUUUCCCUUCUCAAUAUCCUAAAUCACUAAGGAUGGAGCUUAGAUAAUAGUAUCAUGAUCAAUGUCAUGAGACCUCAUUUUUGCUACAUGU